AUGGCCCCUAAGACCAAGAAGUCUGGUGACAACAUCAACUCCAGGUUGGCCCUGGUGAUGAAGAGUGGAAAGGUCACUCUGGGAUACAAGUCGACCCUGAAGACCCUCCGUAACGGCAAGGCCAAGCUCGUCAUCAUCGCCGCCAACGCUCCCCCUCUCCGCAAGUCUGAGCUCGAGUACUACGCCAUGCUUGCCAAGGCUCCCGUCCACCACUUCUCGGGCAACAACAUUGAGCUUGGUACCGCUUGCGGUAAGCUCUUCCGUUGCUCGACCAUGGCCAUCUUGGAUGCUGGUGACUCCGACAUUCUCUCCGGUACCCAGUAG